AUGUCGAAAAAGCAGCAGCAGGCAGUAAGCACAAGUGGUGCUAUCGAGAAGGCGGAACUGGGUCUCUGCUGGAGAGAAGACAGGCUCAGGACUGGAUUUUCAAAAACUGUUAUCAGGGACUUCCUGGUGGUCCAGUGGGCUCACCAGCCCCCCAUCCCCCCAGCCUCCCCACCCUGCGAGUGGCUGCAGCCACCCACCUCGGGGGGCCGCUCCCCCCAUCUCUCCAGUCCCCCGCGGCGCGACGGAGCCCUCCCCGAGGGAUCCCCACCCCCACGACCAGCGCCGUCUAAUCGGGGGCCCCGCACCACUCCCCCUCCCCACACCCCCCAUCCCGGGCCGCGGCGCCGAGAGAGAACAAAGGGCCUGGGGGGGGGGGGCGGGUGCAGAUGGGGAAAGAAGGGGGUGCCGGUGGGGGGAAGGGAACGGAGGCCCCCGGGGUGGCCGGCACCCCCGGUCCGCGGCGGCUGCGGGGGCCACCGGGGCGCGCCUCCUUACCGGGUCUGGGUGCCUGUGGCCGCCCCGAGGCGAACGCGGUGCCGCGGAGGGGCCCGGGUCGCUGGGCGUCGUCCGGCCGGGUGCCUGGCCGCUAGGCGGGAGGCUCUCUCCCCGGCUCGACGGCGGGGAGCCCGGAGCGAGGAGCGAGCUGUCGCGCUGCUGCCGCCGCCGCCCUCGCCGCUGCCGCUACUGCCCUCGCCGCCGCCGCCGCAGCCUCUGCAUUUCUCGCGCGCGCGCUCCCCCUCCCCUUCCUGCCCUGCGCCCUCCCCCGCGCGCCCGCCCGCCCCCGCUCGCCCCGCCCCCCGAACGCCACUCCCCUCCCUCCCGCUCGGGGCCCCGCCCGCCUCCGGUCCGCUCCCCGCGGUCCCCCAGCCCCGCCCGCCCGGGUACCCCCGCCUGCCUUCUCCAAAGGGCUGGUUCCCCUCUUCUCCCCGUCCCCUUCCCUCCAUCCCCGGGCCCCUCCUGCCUUCCUAG